AUGCAGGACUACAACCAAUUCCACCAGGUUUUCAAACCCGAGUGGGGCACUCCCUACACCCAAGAAUUCCUCAAAGAGAUCGAGGUCUGCAGGAAGAGUCUCGAUGGCGUCCUCUUCAUCGACCGCGUCUUGAGGUCUGUCGGCGUCACAAAAGCCAGGUCAUACCCCCCCAAGGGCGGCAACGGCCUGUACCAGCUUCACUACCAGGUGUGCGAGAGCGACCACUCUGACCACCAGAAGCUUUCUGUCUUCUACUACAUGCUCCUCGACUUCAACGACCACCUCGGGCUGAAGAGCCGUAUGGAUUUCGCCGAGCUCUUCGCCUCGAGAUUUUCACUGCCCAAGAAGUACGAGAUCUUCAUGAGGGGGCUAUGGCAUCUUGACCGACAGCAAUAUAGCAAUGCGCUGCAAGAUCUUGCACACCCCUCCCUCACCCCCGAGUUCGCCGACGACAUAAUCGCAGCAUUUGUCAAUAAUGCCGAGGACAACGACUACUCCCUCGCCCUCGCCUACUACCACGCCGUCCAGCCCGUCCUCCGCAGGCCCGAGUCCCUGUCCCUCCUCUUCGGAGCGCUGGCGAGGACAAGCCUCACCGAGGCCUUCUACUUUUCCCGGGCUCACCCCGAGCCAGCGAGACAACUUCUUUUCGAGCAGUUGAUAGCGUCUGUCCUCGAGGGGACCGGCCAAGAUGUCGCAGCGCGAGCCUCCGAGCUUGUCAGCCUGCCUCUGGACGGCGCCGAGGAGCAAUGGUUCGAGGAAUACCUGACGAAUGGAGGCGGGAGGAAGUUAAGGAAGGCCAGGGACACGGUACUUAUGCGGCGGGUUGUGACUGGGCGGCACACCGACGUCAGUGACAAGAAUCUCGGCGGGCAGUGGGGUGUCGUCCUGGGGGGCUUCAAGAGCGGCAUGGGCGGUCGUGUGGCAUGA